UGCAUCACCAACCGGACUGACUUGCCGCGUGCUUCAGUCUAACAUUGAUACUCUUAUUGUGUCCUACCUCCUGUUUUUUUUUGUUCACGCGUUCAAAGCACGGAAAUCCAACGGCACCCGGGCAGGGAUCGGUCGCGACUCAGCAGCGAUAAGUACUUAGCAUGCACCGCCACACCCCCUAUCUAGGCUCCGCUUGAGGCUUCCCUUCCAAUCCGCUUUCCAACCUCGGACAUGCGAGAUGGAAUCUCAGCAGGACCGCGGAUUCCAGAUCAUGGAGCAUCCCGAUAUGAACAACCAUGAUUCGGACGGCUCCGGGUCUUCGGACGAGCUUCUGCAACAGCCGUACGCUGUGAGGUUGGACUCCAAUUUUACAGAGAAUUUCGACGGCCAAGUUCAAACCCCGGCUACGACCAUUUCCUCCUCGCCUCCCCCAUCCAUUCCUUCCGGUCUCCCAGCAUGGGCAACCGGUACACCCACACGCCCUCGAGGAGCCAGCAUCGGUGCUUCAGUCGCUCUCGACAAGACCCCGCCGAUGGAUGGCCUUCCAGUGACCGAACGUGACCUGAGGCCGCAACGUCCGUCCGGCCCCGCUCGGACGCCCUCCAACACUUACGCGCCCCAACGACGCCCACCUCAGUACAUCAGCUUCCAGAAUGACCGUCAACGGAGCUCAUCGACGAAACGGAAUUCUAGACGCGACCCCAAUGCACAGUACCGGGCCCAGGAGAAGGCGUAUGUCCAGCGCAUCCGUGCCGACCCACAGGCUUGGUAUAGCCAUUUCGACGAGGCCCAAAACAUGGGCGUGGCGGUCGGAGACUCAGAUUUAGAAGAACCGUCGCCGUCUUCCGAGGUACCGUUUGAAGAUGAUGCUUACGACCCGGACAUCCAACUCUUUCUCACCGAUGACAACCAACCGACGAUCGAGGAACUCAAGAACCCAAGAAAUCAAGAAAGACUGGAAUGGCAUUCCAUGCUUUCCUCUGUAUUGAAGGGAGAUGUGGUCAAGCAGGAGAAGCAGCGACUGCUCGGGUCCGCGGAAUCGAAGCGAUCGUCGGCUCAGAACAAUGCCAUAUGGUUGGGUGUCAGGGCUAGGAUGUGCGGAAGGAGUGUUGCCCUGCAGAGAAAACUUAUCGAGGAAGCGAGGUCUGGACUUGGUCCCAUCAUCGAAGAAAUCAUCAAAUUCGAAAUCAAAGGUGAAACAGAAAUCGGGAAGCCACCCAUCAACCAGGUUGAGGAUAUUGUCAGACAAAUCGAAAGGUGCGAAAGCCUCUACUCUACUCACAAAGAGCUGGAAAUCGCAAACCCUCGAGUUGCUUCGGAAGAGUUCUGUUCGAGUCGCGAUGCUGUCUUUGCCUGGCACAAUACGACGAUCUUAAUCAAUACCGAGCUCGCUAUCCUGCAAAAAUGGGUUGGGAACGAUGAGCUGGAUUUCAGCAAGCCAAGAACCAAAUCUAUCAACGGUGAUCUCUCCGAUGAAUCUUCUUUCCUUGAUCGUAUCAUGAAGGAAGAUGGUCUUAAGACUCUUCAAGGAAAGCAUAAUAUACUCCAUGGCAUUGGGGAGGUCAUCCAAAAAGCCAAAAACACACUGAUUGAAAACGCAAUUUCCUUCGCUAAACGGCAUUUACCUCCCUAUAUCGAAGAGCUUCUGACCUUGAUCAACUUCCCGUCGCGCCUCAUACAGGAGAUUAUACGCGUUCGACUAUCUUAUGCUAAGAAUAUGAAAGACCCAGCUCAACAAUCACCCAUCUUGGUUGAUCAAAUGAUAUCGCAGUUUCAGAUUCUGAUGAGGGUUGCGGUGGAUAUCAAACAACAUUACUUGGAUAUCGCCAGACCCGAGCCAGGGUGGGAUCUACCUCCUUGCAUUGACGAAGGUUUCGACGCAGUUGUUCUGGAUGCCAUGAAAUAUUAUUUCCGUCUGCUGAAUUGGAAGUUGAAUGCAAAUAAGAAUACUUUCAAAGAAGCAGAAAUUCUAGAGCAGGAUUGGGAGUUUUCCAAUGAGAUUGGCCGUCAACUUGAGGGUGGUGAUAUCGAGGUCGCUGAGCAGUUUAGUGCACUGACUGCAAAGUCAAUCCAACGCCUAAUGAUCCACUUCGAGCGGGAGUUGACGAUCCGCCACAACGAGGAUCCGGCCGACAUGGACAAGCGAUACAAGAGUGUUUUGGACUCAACCCGAAUUCGCCAACGGAAGCUUUACCGGUUUUCUCGGUUCCUGCGCCAGCUGUUUGAAAAUGCUACCGAAUAUAAUCUGCCAGCUGAUAUUGCAUACGAUUUCUUGGAGUCUUUACUUAUCUCGGAUCAUUUCAUGAUCAAAUCGAAUAUCUCGGUCGGUCAAAAAGGCGUCUAUCUUUUUGCGCAUCCCGCAUUGUGGGAUCGCCCUACGGACAUUCAAGCUAUCUUAGGCACAUCAUUUCGUGAGGAUGAUACAAACAAGGAUACACCGCAUGCACCAUAUAUUCUGGUGGUUCGUCCCGAGAAGCCCCUGUCUUGGGCCGGCAAGGAGAUGCAGCUGGGUAUCAUGGAGCAGCCCACGGACUUGCGACUGGGCAAGUUGCGUCUCGUCGUUGAGGGGACACAGCAGCGUCUGUCUAAUGCUAGACAUGAGCUGGCACAUCUCACCGGAAUCCAGCUCGAUAUGGCCAUUGAACAACGUGCUAAUCUUGGCCGAGUGAACGUGGAGCUCAAUAAGAUUAAGAAGAUCUCGUUCAAGCUGUCAAUGACUAUCAUGGAUAGCGUUGCCAUCAUCAGGGAUCAGCUAAAGCAGAAAGGCGUGGAAAACCAUGAUUUGAUUCAAGCUUGUUACGCCUUCGCAACGGAGUUCGGGAAGCGUUCUUCAAACGUUGAUCCUAACAGACGGGCGAUGAACAGUGCGAGACUCGUCGAGUUGUCCCUUGAUUGGGUGUCGUUCAUUUGUGAUGAUUGUGACGCUGCUGAUCGGAAAACUUUCAAGUGGGCUGUCGCGGCUUUGGAAUUUGCGAUGGCCAUCACCUCUAGCAGACAUCUGCUGUCUAUGGAUGAUACACAGUUUAGCCGACUGAGGCAAAAGGUGGCCGGGUGCAUGUCGCUUCUUAUAUCUCACUUUGACAUUAUGGGUGCCCGGUCGUCUCGUGCAGCUCAAGCAGAAAAGCAACGCCUGGAGGAGCGUGGUGGCUCCAGACGAAUGGGAGCAGGCCGGGUGUUAACCGAUGAAGAGGCGACCAAGCUGGUUCGAGAGCAGCGUCUGGCUCACCUCAUCGAAAUUGAGGAAAGACGCGUAGACGAAGAUGCGAAGCGCCGGGCAUUGGGACGAGUCUUAGAGGGCUCCAAUGAAGCGGACAGAUCUCUUACGGUCCUUUCAUCCUCCGCUACGAAUUUCACCCUACGGUGGCAACAGGGUCAGUUCAUUGGCGGCGGAACAUUUGGAUCCGUAUACGCUGCGAUUAACCUUGACAGUAACUAUCUCAUGGCUGUCAAGGAGAUCCGUUUGCAGGAUCCCCAACUCAUUCCCAAGAUUGCUCAGCAAAUCCGCGAUGAGAUGGGUGUCUUGGAAGUAUUGGACCACCCCAACAUCGUCUCUUACCAUGGAAUCGAAGUGCACCGCGACAAGGUCUAUAUCUUCAUGGAAUACUGCUCCGGUGGAUCCCUCGCCAGCCUGUUGGAGCAUGGGCGCGUUGAGGACGAAACAGUCAUCAUGGUCUACGCUCUUCAAUUGCUGGAGGGGCUGGCGUACCUGCAUCAAGCUGGCAUUAUCCAUCGCGAUAUCAAGCCCGAGAAUAUCCUGCUUGAUCAUAACGGUAUCAUCAAAUACGUUGACUUCGGGGCUGCCAAGAUCAUUGCCCGACAAGGUAGAACUGUUGUCCCCAUGGAUGCCUUCGGUGGUCCUGGUCAUAAGGAUGGUCUUAUUCCUAAGGACUCCCAGCUGGCUCACAACAACUGGGGCAAGAAUCAGAAAACCAUGACCGGCACCCCAAUGUAUAUGUCUCCAGAGGUGAUCCGCGGAGACACCACCAAGCUUAUUCACCGCCAGGGAGCAGUGGACAUCUGGUCACUAGGCUGCGUGAUCCUGGAGAUGGCCACCGGCCGUCGCCCUUGGUCCACCCUGGAUAACGAAUGGGCCAUCAUGUACAAUAUCGCUCAAGGAAACCAGCCCCAAUUGCCACCACGCGAUCAGCUCAGCGAUCUGGGCAUCGACUUCCUCCGUCGGUGCUUCGAAUGCGACCCAUUGAAGAGAUCCACUGCGGCCGAACUCCUCCAACACGAAUGGAUUGUCUCAAUCCGCCAACAGGUCGUGCUUGAACCCGCAACCCCCGGCAGCGACAACAGUGGUAGCUCUACUUCGGGCAGUCGUCAAAAUUCGACGUAUCUAUGAACCUGAAUCUUCCGGAUCUUGAUAUAUCACGAUAUCACCUCUUCCUUUAUUCAUUUCUCAUUCGAAAAGCUUCAUGAUCUUUCCCCGUUCUUGCCUUGUCCAGAUAUUGCUCUGCUUGCGAUCAGCCAUUCAUACACGAGAAGAUUGCAUUUGAUACCCCCUCCUUAUACAUUCAUUAUCUUUUCCAUCAUAUUUACAUUUAUCCCAGCUGUACUCUUCAAACCACAUUUACUUGCUCCUUGACUCAUUGUUCUACCAUUGACAUUGAUAGCUCUAUUACAUUGUUGCCGUCCAGGAUGGUCUUUCUUCUACUAACCAAUGAUUGUAACGAUGCUCAAGAAAAUGAAAGAGCAUACAUACAUCAAAUAUAACUAUACAUCUCUCUAAACUCGCUAUACCAGAAUUUCUGUAACUUAAAACGCAGUCACUAGAGUCAGACGCUCAGC